AUGAUGUCGUCCAACAAUACAGAAGGUCUCCGCAAAUUGCUACCGUCCGUUCGAACUUCAGAAGUGCCACCAUCAGAACCUCCUGCUCGAUCACAAACCGWUCCUCCAUCCCCCGAAGAGCACCGUCGUGAGAAGUCGCACCUGCACCAGCGGUUGCACUCUCACGGUUUGCGGAACAGAGCCUUCACCGGCUCUCACGGCCAUCACCAUCAUCGACAUGGUGCAAAAGAGGUGGUACAGUCAGCCAUAGAGCUCAAGCCACCGAUCAGCUUCGACAGCCUCUUGCGUCGCGAUAAGAAACACCUAGACUCCAGCCGACAUUCUAGCAACAGUGCGUCACAUAAUCAGCGGCGAACUGAAGAGGAACGGAGAGCCCAGCAGGCACAACAGGCCAGACGACGCCAGAUACAGCCCGAGGACGUCCAGAAGGCGAAGAGGGACAACGAAAGAAGGCAGAAGGAGCUCCGCGAGAGCUUGAAAAAUGUGGAGGAAGUCGCCAUGAGCAGCACACGCCAAUUGGACGAUACCUAUUAUGCUAUUCUGGAGAAAGUUUCCUUGUUGAUGUCCACAGUCGCAAGUCUGCAGAGACUGGCAGAGGAAAGUCGGAAUUUGCAUACCUCUUUUCGGGAACAGUCUGGUAGACUCGAGGAAGACACCGUGGGAACUUUCAAGGGGUUCGAGAAUUUCGACUCUCAAGAGAAAGCCAUCAACGAGCUACUUGUACAAUUGAAGAGCUCUAAGGACCAGAGAGAUAGGAUUGGGCAGAGACUCGAAGCGGCCAGGAAUCGUGUUGAAGCGUAUGAGAGGCGGGAAAAGGAGAAGAAGCAAAAGAGUCGAAUGCGAUGGAGUGUCAUCUGGGCUGUCUUUCUUGCUGUGGUGGCUCUGAUUGUGGCAUUCUUUACCACAAAGAAGCACGGGGCUGUCGGCGGCAAUGUACCGUCGGUUGCAAAGGUCCUCGAGCUUGCCUCCUCGAUCACUGCACUGAACCCCAUACCUCGCGCGACUGUGAGUGAGGAUCCUUAUUUGAAGAAGCUGUUUGAUGAGUUAUAA